CUCUCCCAUUCUAGCUGCGCCUGCACCAGAGAGAGAGAGAGAGAGAGAGAGAUAUAGAGUGAGCACCGUCGUCCUCGUUCAACGCCUGCUGUUUUUGUCGCGCUGUUGCAAGGGUGGGGUCGACUCUGGCAGCAGGAUCUCCUUGAAGUAGCCCUCGUAACCCUCCAGUUUUCCAGGUGAUGGACUCGGUUUGCCAUGUUUUGAGGCUCGGUGGGAGUUGUACGCGGCUAGCCAUGGCAACAUAGACUCUUUUGCCUGGCUUAUGACGUGUUCGUGGUAUGGUAAGUCGUGGGUGGUCUCGCAAGCUACCUCGUUAGCUAAAGAGUUUCACCAGAAUAGCCAAGGGUGAUCGGGCUUUUCAUUUCUGGAUGAAUGCUUUGUGUAGUAAGUCACAAAGCCUUUAGGAACAAGAGUGGUUUGUAGUGCACAUAUUCACCAUUGCCCAAUGUAAGCUGGGUCGAAUAUGACAAUGCAGCGGAGGUUAAUGCAACAGAAUUGUGGAGAAGCUGUUUGCCAAUCUUCUUCUGGAGUGUGAGCGUGUAAGACAGUUUUACCGGAAGAAAGUAUCGUGAGGUCGAGAAGGGAUGGCGAUGGCUACUGUGAUGGGGUGGAUACCACGACUGGCAAUUGGCGACGUAGCGAAUGUGGGUCAAUUGGCAGGCAUCAAUGCAGUGCAGCUAAUAGCCAUAAUAGUCCAGGCAGCAAACAAUGCUCGUAUGCACAAAAAGAACUGCAGGCAAUUCGCUCACCACCUGAAGCUGAUCAGCAACCUUUUGGAGCAGCUCAACAUGUCGGACCUCAAGGAUCGACCUGAGACGCGAGAGCCACUGGAGCUUUUCGAAGAAUCGCUCCGGAAAGCUGUUGUUCUUGUGGAAAAUUGUCGUAACAAGAGCUACUUGUAUCUCGUGGCCAUGGGUUGGAUGUAUGUCAACAAGUUUCGCGAUUACCAGGACGAAAUCGACAAGUACCUUCGGCUCAUUCCUCUCAUCUCCCUCGUCGAAGACAGCCGGAAGCAUUUGAAAGCCAUAGAAAAGGACAGAAAGCCAUACACACUCGAAGUGGACGAAGUGAAGGUGCAGGAGUCACUUUUGAAACGGGACCGUUCCAAGAGUGAUUCAAACCGGCUGUCUCGCCAGCUUUCGAAGCGCUAUCCAGGUGUGCCCCUCACUGAAGCGCUGAGGAAUGAGAACGAGAUGUUGCGGCAAGAGCUCCAGCGCAUACAGGCAUGUAUGGAACACGAGCACGCGCUUGUGAUCGAGCAGCUCAUUGAGUUCACCGAGAACGAACCUGCAAAAUUGGAGAAGGCAGCCUCCAAAAGAUUUUUUUAAGGAGACAGCAGCGAAGAGAAAAUUCCACUGCAACCUGUUGAUACAAUAUGAUUAUUUGCGGGGCAGCAAAAGCUACUUUUGGUUUUAAUCACCGGAAGCACUCUAAUCGGAACUACAUAUCAUUUUUUAAGAUAAAAUUUUCUGGAGGCAAUCAAGUAGAGAUGACUCAUUUUCUUCAUUAGAAGUCAUUAUUUGUUGCCAGAAUUUUUUGCAAGUUUGAAGACUCGGCGUAGCUGUUUGUGGAGCAGCCAUGUGUGGAGGCUCAGCGGUGUAGAUUAUCAUGUCACAAAGCUUCCGUGGCACACAUUUAUGUUGGCGCUAUGCCUUGCUAACAUGGAAGACUAUGUAUUGUAUCAAGAAUCAAUUCGAGGAAAGUAAAAAAAGUAAGUACUUCCAAUCAA